AGUUGAGAAUAAUGUUAAACUAUGAGGACCAUGACGUGGCUUUGAGGGAAUGAGGUGAUGACGUGUGCUGUAGUGUCUAUUAGAGUAGGGCAAAAAGCAAUGUCAGUAUGCCAUUUGGACUGUUCAAGAAGGACAAGCCUGCCGCCAUGAGUGACAAAGAGCAGCGGGCCAGGCUGGGCCUCAAGGUGGUGAUGGCCCAGCAGAACCCCGAGCCGGUGUACGACCUCACCGACUGUGCCAUGGUGGAGCUGCCGCCCGACACCUUUGUCAUGUGCAGGCUGCUGCAGAAGACGAGCCUCCUCCUCCAGAACAACUUGCUGUCCGUGCUGGAAAAGGGAGGCAAGCUUAACGAGCUGGAAGCGCUGGAAGUCUUGGACAUCUCCCACAACAAGCUCCACCACCUCCCUGAUGCCAUCAACAAGCUGAAGAGACUCAGAGUUCUUAGAGUUACCCACAACAAGCUUAAGACUUUGCCCACUUCUUUAAGUGAACUGUCAAAAUUGCAAGAGCUUUAUCUCUCUUCAAAUAGAUUUUCUAAAGUGCCUCUAAGUAUUUGUGCCUUGCCUAAGCUGCGAGUUUUGUCCCUCACCGAAAAUAAUAUCACUGCACUGCCAAAGGAGUUCUGUGAGCUGCAGAAAAGCCUGUGCAAUCUGGAGCUUGAUGCUGCCAAGAUGGUGUCCCCGCCAGCGUCAGUGGCUGCUGAGGGCGUGGAGGCCAUCAUGCAGCACCUGUGCAAGGAGCAUGGGGUGGAGUACUGUGGCCUCAGCCAGCAGGACGACGAGGACGUCGCCUCUCCUCCCUCCUCGGCCAAGUCUGACACCUCAGCUGCAGACGAGGCUUUGUUCAACUACCUGAUUCGCAAAGAUGAGAAGGUCAAGGCCCAAAUGGCUGUUGAGGAGGAGUUCCAGGCCAGGGAACAGGAGCAGCUGGCACACAUGCUUCAGGAGGUGACCACCAACAAGCAGCAGCUCCUGGAGGAAAUACUACAGACGCCGACAGAAGCUUUGGAUUAUGAGCGGAAGAAGCGCGAACUGCUGCGGGAACAGUGUAACCUGGAGGAAAACAUGCGAGCCGAGCAGGCCGAGCAGCUGGAGCAGUACAUAGCCUCAUCCAGCAACAAGGAAGCCUUGAUAAAUGACCUCACCACUCAACAAGCAAACCUGGACCUGGAGGUGGAAGGCUUAGUGUCGGCCAAGGAAAAGGAACGGCAGUCCCUGCUGAGGGACCUGACCACCUUGGAGAAAGACACGACUGCUGCCGUGCAGGAGCUCCUCUCUGUGGCGGCCGCACGGAGGAGUGAGGAAUUCAUGGCUCUGCUCCAGGACCAGGAGAAGGAGAUGCAGUCCCUCCUGUCAGGCAUCGCCGAGGCUGCGGCAGAGCUGAGGCGCUCCGAAGUGGUGGACGCCAUGAAGCAAGUGUUGAUAGAGGAGGCAGCCGCCGAACAGCGGCGGCAGGCCGUGCACGAGGAGCAGGGGGCCCGGGUGUGUGCCCUGCUGCAGGACACUGACCUGGUCAACUCUCACCUGCAUGGGGUGCUGACCACUCGCCUGGCAGACAAGGAGGAGUGGACCUCCACGCUGCUCAAGGACGAGCAGUGCCAAGAAGCUGCCUUCAAGCUGCUGCUCCUCAAGUGUGACCUCAAGAGAAACAACAUCCUCAGACAGAUUGGCCAGAUCGAGUACGAGCUGGCCCGCCUCUCGUCCCUGGAGGUGCGCAAGAAGAAGCACGGCAUCAAGUAUGGGUCCAGCACCAUGCUGGACCAGCGCAUCACCCUGGUGGGCCUGCUCAAGUGUCUGAUGAAGGAGAAGAGUGAGCGGGAGGCGCAGCUCACUGCCUGGCUGGCCCAGCUGCAGGACAUGCGCACCGGCAGCCAGGAGGAGGAGGAUGAGUUCUGGCUGGUCCAGUACCAGAGGCUGCUGGCCAUGAAGCCGGUGGGUCUGGCCGAGGCUGAGGCCAAACUGGAGCCGGGUGUGCAGGCCGUGCUGAAGGGUGCCAACGCCCUGGACCUGACACCGGUGUUUGCCCACAACUCCAUCACGUUUGCCCGCCUGGUAGACAUGACCGAGGAGGACGCCGCCAAGAUGGACAUCGGCCCGGCCACCUUCCGCAGCCUGCAGCGCGCCCUCCAGAACUAUCUGAAUGACUCCAAGAUUGGGGACCACACACCCUCUGCCCCCUGUGAGGAGGCAGACCCUUACUCCCCCAGCGCCCCCACGUUGGAGGGUGCCAAGGCUACCCCCAGCGCCCCCCUCCUGGAGGGGGAGCAAGGCGCUGUAUCUGCCCCGCCUCUGGACCAGCAGUUCUUGGAGUCUGAGUGUGUGGUGUGUCUGGACGCCGGCUGUGAGGUGCUCUACCUGCCCUGCGGCCACGUGUGUGUGUGCUCCAAGUGCUCCACCUCUCUGGAAAGCUGCCCUCUUUGCCGUGCUCCCAUUUUAUCAAGAAUUUUACUUACGUAUUAAUCGUUCUCUUACUGAGGUAUGUUUACCAAUUUGCUCACACUGCUCCAAUUAGUGGUCACGUCAGGGAAGAAACUACACGGGAGAGAUGAGUGAAGGUGUGACAGUGAGUGUUGUCUUAACUCACUGAACCCCAGCCUGUAAAUGCACAUUGCUACACCUCAAUCCCAGGCAUUUUCACCAAAUUUUUUUUAUCUAAAAUGGUCAGAAAUUUCAUAAAAACCAUGAACAGUAUAAAAACCCUUACUGUCAACAAAUUUGUCAGAAAACACCCCUACAGCAUUUGAAGGUCUCCUUCCAGGUCUGAUGUUUUAAACUUGGUGCACCGCCAGCUGUUGCCACGUCACUGUCGUGGUGUGUCUGGCCCAAGAUGCCACGAGAUGAUGAACAACAGCUGAAUGUAGGAGGACAAUGACCUGUGGGGCAUUAUGUGGGUGUGGUAUGGGUCUAGCGAGUUGCCCGCUUGGAAUAUUUUUCCGCCUACAUGCCCAUUCCUAGGCCGCUCCAUCGUGGCGCCACAACACUCGAUAGUGGGUGACGCAUUAUGUGUCGCUGGUCCCUUAAUUUCUUUUGAUAUUGAUGCAUCACGUGCGUUGUCGGGGUCCAGCGGGUUAAUGAAGAUUUGUAGCCCUUCAUUUUGUGAGUGGUUUGAUUUUAUGGUUCAGCUCAGUGUCUUAGAGAGGCUUUUCAGUGGUGUGAGUACUAAUUGGAGGUGUGUGUGCAAAUUACCAAGCAGACCCUACCUUAAUAGUUCUUAGGCAGGUAAGAGGAGGGACAUUGAAUGCUAAUCAACUGAUAGGCCAUAAAAACAUGAAUGCCUGUGAAGUAUAUCAAAAGAUGACAGCACAAAAUGAAUAUCUGAGCAGCACAAACCUUGAUCCAAGAGUCCAGGUGUUGGAGAAAUCUUUCAUAUUUCUUGCCAGGCACAGGAAUGAGAGGGAAGGUGCGGGUGUGUGUGCAGCCAUGCUCUGCUCCACUCAGGGUUGCCAAGCCAUUGUAGGAUGUGUUGUACUCACAUGCCACAUGCCAAAAAUAGCCUAACACAAAAAAUAUCAACCUGUGUGUUUCCUGCAAAAAUAAUUAGACUGCUAUUAGGGCACUGCUUCCAUAGGUCUAUGACUAUUAUAUCAGGGAACCAAGUUCUCGUCUACUCAUGACACAAGUCAAAAAUAGCUCCAAUAUUUGAAUAUUUACCACGUAACCUUACCAGCAGUAGCCCAGUCAGGUGGGAACACUGUGGCCCUGCCAACCCUGGCCCCUCCCUGGCCGACCACCCAACAUACAGGGCCAGGAGGACCCUUUGUGCAGUCAUCAUUCAGGUUUGCAUUGCCGAGUCAUCACACCACUCUAGUAUUUGCUGCUUCAUGGAGUGAGUGGUUGGGGUGUUUGAAUGCCUCUGUGAACAGUUAUGGACAUUAUUUUCCUACUAAAUUCCAGAAACUGUUGGAAAAAACAUUUGUAUAUUUUUUUCAUAUGCGAGAUACAGGCGUUUUAGACUGUAUCGAGAUAUUAUGAUCACGUUAUUUGUAUCUUUAAUUACCUGCAUACCUUUUGUUUUUUCAAAGUUUAUAUAGAAACAGUUAGACUAAGCAUCCCACAUUUACCAGUCCCAGGGAAGGCUUGGAAGACCAUGGACAGUGGAUGUCUUGUCACAUAUGUGUUAAUAUUUAUCCAUAUUUUAUUUUUAUAUGUUCUUGCUUUUAGAGUCUAUGAUGGUGUUACAGUGAUGAGAGAUUUUAUGUUCCCUGUUGCAUAUGUCAAGUAGCCCUGCGUCAUCUGAAUGGUCUUCCUUGAGGUGAAAAAUUCAAACUGAUGUAAGAACAUGCACCAGCAUGGAUGAGCCGGAUAAACUCAGGUUCGGUAAGCAAACAGGCAGGACCUGGCUCAUGGAUGGGGCAGAGGCUGGGUGGGACAGACUGAGCAGUAUGUAGCUGAGGCAAACAAUUGAAAGCUUUAAAUGGAGGUUAGAUUUAUAUAAGAAUGGGAAGGAAAUCAGGUGAAUGACCCAUCCAGGAGGAGCUGCCAAGUGUGGACUGUCUGGCCUUUUGUAGUCUCCUUAUAUCCAUAGGCAUCCUUGUAAGGGGAGGAGGUCAAGGAGGUGCCCACAAAGCUUGUAGCUUUAGCAAGGCGAUGGAUCCUACCUUGAAGUCUGAGGGUUUAAAGGGCAAGGCGACUAGCUCAAAGGGUCCCCAGGAGCAGCAUCGUGGGGCAGCGAUCCCCCCGGGGCGUGCCGAAGUAAUGGGUUGCUGGAUUGUGUCUGGCCACCAGUGUUAUGCUGCUGGGACAUGCUUGCCAGUUCACACGCAUCAUUCCAAGCAGCAUGCCUGGCAAGGGACAGAAUCUGGAGAAUUGGGCUGAAUUGUGUAUAUGAAAUAACAGCCAAGAUAAAGUUUGAUAUCAAGCUUUAUUUUGGUGGUAGGGUUUCCAGUGACAUGUUUUACUAAAUAUUGGGAAAAAAAUUACAUGAUCGUGGAUUUCAACAUAUCUUGGUAAUUAUUAUUUAUUGUUCCCUGUGCAGUGCAGCCUUUGGUGGCCCUGUGUGUGGGCAGCUGUGUUGGCGAGGCCCCUCCCAUGUACCUCUCACUGUGUCGUCACUUGUCCAUGGUCUGCCAAGAACUCUGCCACAACUUGAUACUUGCACACUUUUGAUCUGCCUGUUUACUCUUGUUGCUUGCCUACUGUAUAUAAAUAGAUUAUUACCAUUUUUUUAUACUGCUAGGAUAAGAUUGUAAGAAACUUAAAAGACCUACCUACAUGCCAAACAGUCGGUCAUUCACUUGUUAAGGUUGAAGAAGACAUGAGGAAAUACUCACCACCAUAAAUGUAUAAUAUCCUGUUAGGCUUAGCCUGUUGGUGCAUCAUUCCAGCAUCUCUUAUAAUGGAGAGAGGAGGUGUGGGAGUACUGAGAGGCAGCUGUACCAGCGUGGAGCAUGGCUGAAGGGGUCAGCUAAGCUUGGAGCUCAUGCUGUGUCCUUAUUCUUAAGCAAAGAAAAUUGAAUGUAAGCAAGCAUCUCAAACUACAUGAUUUGUGCUACCUUUACUUAAUGUGAGUUUUCAACAAGUGAAUGACUGUUCACUCAAACAGUAAUUUUAUACAUCCGGUGAGGUAAAGGUGAGGGACGGUCGGGGCACAGCCAAGUGUUGGGGCUCAUCGUCCGCCUGGCCCUCAAGCCUGUGGUGGGCAAGAGCCCGGUGCCACGGGAUGGGGCAUAGGAAACCUCACCCAGUGAGGCUAAUAUUAGAGUGGAAUAUCUAUUUACUGUUAGAUUUAUUAGUUUAUGGCUUUCUCAGACACUCAGGAUAAGCUAAGAUGUUCUUCAUUUUAAUCUGGAGAGUGCGAGGCUUGAAGCUGAAGUUCAUAGGGUCACACACCUUUGGGGCCGCCGCAGAACAGUGCGGCCAAACCCACACUGAGUCACUGGCGAGGCACACGGGAUGUACACGGUGUAUCUGUCAGUUUGUGUAAGCACUUUCAGUUAGUACUCCUGGCUAAAAAGUGGAAGAUUGAACUGAGGAAUAAAAAUGAACUGUUGUCAAAAUAGGAUCAAAAGCAUUCUUUAUCCCAGUGGCAGCCACUGGGGAGGAAGGGCUACACACGAGGGAUCCGAGGUAUCUGGGGGAAGGCCUGUACAUAUAGAAUGAUUCAAUUUGCCCAAUUACUGGGUAUUUUUUUGCAAACUCAUAUCAAUGCCCAUGAGGGGGCUGCCUGGGCCCCUACAGCAGGCCACUGACAGCUCAUGUUUAUAUGUACCUCAUUUCAGAUUUCUUGAGUAUUUUUUUUUCUUGCUAGGAGUAUUAAUUGCAAUGGUGCUCAGGUACUCCCUGCCACACUUUGUAAAGGCUGAAGCUUCUGGGUGGUGAGGGGACGAGUGUGUCCUGCGGGGUAAAGUAAAGCCAUGAAGCCGCCCCACGGCCCUGAGUAGACCCUUGGCCUCACCCAUGGUCCCCAGACCCUUCUCAGUGCAGCUCCUCAAGGAGAUCAACACUUUAAAGAAGCACAGGAAAAAAACACUGAACAUGUGUAUAAAAGUUAUUAUGAUUAUGAUUAUUACUUUCAUUAUCAUAUCUGGUAAUGAGUCACAUAAUUAUGUAGAAGGAGAGCUGUUCCAGAGCUGGAUUAAGAACUGUGAGGGCCUUGGGGAUCAGCAUUGUGUCGAGGCCUCUGAUCCGGCAAGCACAAGUGAAAUUUCUGAAGUAUUCACUCUGUCAUUCCUUUGAGCCAGACAGUUAAUUUGCUUCUUAGAACACUGCAGCAGCACAGGGUGGCAGCAGCAGCUGCUCCCCCGCCAGUGUUGGCUCUCAGUGAUGGGAGCCUCACGCUGACUCACCGCCGCCUCACUGGCAUCCAAGGCAGCGGCCACUCACUCUCCAUCACCUGGGUUAUGUUGAAGAUUUGGUCCUGAAAACCUUGCUGUCCACCGCUGGUCAAAGGCCUUUUCCAACAUUCUCGAUCUCUGUCUGAUGUGUGUGUUCUUCAUCCUGCUCUGGCAAAGGUUCUGUUUUCAUCCCCACUUGUCGUGGAAGCCUGCCCUGCCACACACCAGUGUUAUUCAGAGGCCAGGACUGCUUGGGGUGUUUACCAACACACAAAAGUGUUUGAUUUACUUACUUUCAUGCUCAGCUCCUGGUGAGGGACUCUGGCCGUGGGUUGUGUACGUGGAGGUUGUGGACCCCACGACUCUGUGCAGUCAUUUUAAUCUUCCAGUUAUUGCUCUCAUGCGUGAGCCUUUUGUAUCAGUUUAAAGAACAGCCAUGAUUAAUUUUUUACAAUAAUUUUAAGUUUUUUAUCUUGAAUUUUAGAACAAAAGACAUUACAUGAGUAUCUGUUUUAAGCAUUAUUUCAAUGGUUCAGAAUGUGGUGUAAGCAGAGAAAGCAUGAGUCUCAGCAAGGCUAACACACGAGUACGUUUAUGCACGCGGUACUGCGUACGUCAUUCCUAACUUUGUGUAUACUGUUGACGGCAGCCUUUCCCAGCCAGGGCCAGCUGACGGCCUGCACCACGAGACCCUUUAGGUUCACACUGAAAAAUGUGUAAUGUUAGAUGUAAGUACAAUUAAGUAGUGUGCAGUGUGAGGCUCUUCAGGAUAUACUAAGAUGGUGUGUACAAGUUGUGUGCCAAGCAAUCUGAGCACUAGUAUAAGCCAUUUUCUGCACCCACAUUUUUCACUAGACUUACUGGUGGAGGACACCGCCGGACCACUCAUGAGGUUGUACCGUGAGCCUUUGCAGCAGGGUUGUGGAGCAUGAUGGAAAAACUUCCCACUGUGACUAAGGAAAUUUUUGUAUCUCGGAUUCCAAAUCUGACACCGACUCCACAACCUUGCUUUCAAAGCUUGCCAGUGGUGACUACCCUGGACCACACACUAGCUAGUCACUCACAUCAAUGGUUGUUCAUGCCUUAUAUUUGUAACUCAACUAUGUACGUCAAGUAGGACGUUCCCAAGCAGCAUUUAUAUAUACAGGAUCAACAAAAAUAGUAAAUAUGUUUGGCUGGGAUUCUCAAAGUUAGUAUCUCAGUAACUUUGCUUUUUCAGCCUGGGCUUAUAUUCUCACGCUCUCGGCUCUCACAACAACUACAGUAAUCCCUCGUUUAUUGCGGGGGUUAGGUUCCAGAGCCCCCUGCGAUAGGCGAAAAUCCGCGAAGUAGCGACCUUAUAUUUAUUUUAUUAUUUAUAUAAUUUAUAUAUUAUAUUUUAUAUAUAUUAUUUAUAUAAGCACGCAUAUCUGUGAAUCUCGCCUCAACCCGUGUGAACAAGGUCACCCAACCACUAGUUUCUCAAAAGAUUCAAAGUUGGCUACAUUUCAUGGAAACUCAUUGAAAUUCAAGUCAGAAACUCAGUCACCAACAUGUUGGUUUCUCGUGUGGUUGGUAAGUUGUGGUCACAAGAAGAAGAAGAGCGUAUCAGCUGUUUGGUUCAGUAGCUCUCCAUGUAAUUAUUCCAGUACCGCAAAGAGUUCCACGAAACUAGAUUUUGAGCAAGUUUAGGACGUUAGUCUUGUUCAAGUGUAGUCAUUGCCUCAUCCUGUCUGGGUCCUCACUGCCAACUUCUCGAGCAUUUAAUGGUAGCAAGCUGCAACACACUCUCCAUUUGUCUCCGAGCUAACCACUGACGAACCAACAAAUGCUACGGUCGCUGAGCCAAUCAGCGACCAGGAUACAGAACACAGUGCUCUGGUUGGUCGCCUCCCAUCCAUCAGCCAAUAGUGUGCCGUGUACAAUCACACGUGGGCAAACUAGCUCAAGCGGAAGCAGGCGUAGCUGCGUUUUACACAUGUGCGAGUCUGUCUGUACUCAUCUGCUGUGUGCUGUGUAUUUUAUUUCAAUUUAAUAUGAUUUUAAUAUGUUCUUAUUAAUACUUUCUUAAUUUUUUUAUGUUGUUUACAUUUUUUUUAGGCUAGAAAAUGCUUCCUUUAAUUUAAAAAUAAGUAAAAUAAUAAAUAUAUUAAAGUACCUCUGUACCGCAAAAUCCCGCGAUAUAGUGAAAAAUCCGCGAUACGAAACUAAAUAUUUACAAUUUUAAAAUCCGCGAUACAGCGAGACCACGAUAAGUGAACCGCGAUAUGGCGAGGGAUUACUGUAUUUCCCAAGGCCGCAAAAGAAAUAAGUUUGGUUCUCAUGAGUGUUUUUCACAUUUAUGGUGCAAAAGCCUUGUCUAACUAUUCACUAGGCUUAUAAGACUAUCCAUGGAAAUACUAGCAACAACCUUGACAAGCCAUAUCACAUGUGGGUUGUGUGAAAUGUUAGAGAAUAUAGCCCUGGUGCAUUGCUGGGUGUGUCUGCAGGGGUGGCAGGGGGAGGCGAAGGGCGGAGGUGUAGUCGGGGGGAAAGGAUGUUACCCACGGCUCAGUAUCAAGUAAGAAAUUUGGGCAAGUCAAUUUUGUAAAGGUUAUUCAAAGGUUUAGGUAUAGUCUGGCUCGGCUAAAUGUGCGAUUGUUGACGGGGUCAGUGUAGGGGAUCCCCUUGUACAGCAUUGCCGCGUGUCUCCUAGCCCGCGAUGUAGAAAUGUUCUAAUAUAAGUAAAACCAUGGCAAAUAUGAUCAGCAAAUGUGCAUACACAUUUAAUCUUAGUAUCAUAAUGUAUGAAAGAACAGUUAACUUAUUAUGGAUAAGAUAUUUAUAAGCAUAUAAAGAAACAUAUCAUACAUAUUUUACAGUGUUGCUAAAAAAAAUGCUAUACUUAUUAUUGAGUUUCCCUUUCGUUUUGGGACGUGUAAGUAGUU